GCCCCCCCCCAGCAACUUGUGUUGAAGUUCUGCAGCAACUUAUUUUGGAUUAAUAGCAUCUUACUUCUUGAGGCAGCAGCUAUUUUUUUCUAACAUGUCUUUUUUUAUAUAUAAAGAUCCUGUUGAACCAUCAUCAGAAAAAGAUGAGGUUGCUGACAAAAGUCAAGGGACACCACCUAGCACACAGUCCGGCACACAAUCCGAUUCUGACUUUAGUGGCCUUUCACCAAUAACACCAGCAAAUCAGCAUGGCCUUCUAGGAUCUAUGACACUAUUGGACUUGAUGAAAACACCUACUAUUGGACUUGAUGAAAACACCUCCUGAACGGAAAGCUCUUAUCUUUGAGAUACCUGAAAUCUUUGCCGUGCCUUGUGUGAACCUGCGAAGGAAGCCUUUGAUAAUAUUGUCCAAAAGGAAUCUGAAAGUGUGCAAGAGACAGCUGAAAUGCCUGAUGAAAUGAAUUCUGAAUUGAAAGAACAUGCAAAGAAGUUUGAGGAUAAGCUAGUCAAAGAUAUGCUGAAAAUUCCAAGGACAAAGAGAAGUGCAAAGCGAUCAGAUGUGGUGUCAAGGAAAUUGCUAGCUACCAGAGGUAGGCCACCGCUUGCACCCAAAUCCAAGACUGUUGACAAACAAGCUGGGCAAAAGGAAGAGCGCCUUCCUGAUACAGUAGCGACUGAACAAGCAGAGGCACAGACAAAGGCCCAACCAAAGGCAGCAUCGACCCAAGUGUAUGCAAGGAAGUUUCCAGAAAAACUAGAUGCCACCCGAAAACAUUCUGAGGUUGCAAUCACAAUUGGGAUGAUCAUAAGGAAGUGCCACACAAACUAACACAAGAAGGUGUUGUCAACUUCAACCAGACCAAAGGUUUAAAGGAUGUAGCUGAUGCUCUGAGCUUCUCCCUGGGCUUAACUGAUGAUGAAGAUUCUCAAGAAACACACAGAGGGCAUCUUGUCAAGUAUGUGCCUAGCAUAGAAGAUGAAAAAUUGUACAACGAGAUAUGCAAGCACAACAGGCUGCAUGGUGGUCAAGACAACAGCCCAAUGUUCUUUCAGUUAGACAAGAUAUCACUGUCAGCACAUUAGAUAGCAAAGGGCAUGGCUAUGGGAAAAUCACUAGAUACUAAUGCUAUGGAUAUUGGGACUUACAUGCUAUCAGAGGACCCAAGACAAAAGAGGAGGAAGAUUUUUUCACCAUGGGUUGUGCUGCAAUUUCUCCGAGGGGAUAUGUAUGCCAACAUGGUUGAGAAGGCUUUUAACUUCAUCGACUCAGAUUAUGACAUGAUAUUAUUUCCAGUGUACCAAGAAAAUUCAGCACAGCCAGGUGGCGAUGGGCAUUGGUUCACAAUUGCAGUACACAUGGCUGAUAAGAGCUUUCAAGUGAUUGAUUCGUUGAGAAACUCCGACAAUAAUGAAUUGACACUCAAAGCUAACCAGGUGCGUGCAAAAGUGAUCACAUUAUGGAACAAAUUCACAUCAAAGCACAAGGGAUGCCAAGUUCCUCUCAUUUAUAAGUUCACGUUGAAGUACAUUGAUGGCUACAAGCAAUUCGAAAUCCAUGAUUGCAGUCUGUUCACACUUAAGGCCAUGGAAUAUUGGGAUGGGGAGAACCUUCCCAAUUUGAUGGAGCUUGAUGAGUUGAAGCUGAGGAAGCUAGUUCUUGCUGAAUGGCUUCAUAGUCCUGUCAACAAGUUACAAUACAAGGCUGCUUUUCUCUCCAAGGGAAAGGGGAAGAUUGCACAGUAGUUGGCUAGGAUUAGAGUGGUUUGAGCGGCGAAGAUGGCAACAAUACUUUUUCUCUUUGAUGAUGUAAAUGAAUGACUUAUUUUUGGAUGUGUACUGCUGUUAUAUGGGGGUUCCAAAAAACUAGCAGCUUGUGUGUGGUGAACAAGCAACUUGUCUAUGGUUGGAUAAGCAACUUGCAGCAUUGAACAACAAA